UGCGAGGUAUUUGGCUGAAGAGAUCAAUAUAACAAAACCACUUUGUAUUUUCAUAAGUCUCAAGUCUUAUGACAUUGAGACAGUAAAAGCCUGCAAAGAUAUCAUUUUAGACAUUACAAGGGAAGAUAGUGAAUAACAUGUCAAGUACAACUAUGGGGAAAUUCAAAUCUGUAAAUAAAUUGUAUGGGCAACUGGUGAUUGGCCCUCCUGGUGCAGGCAAGACAACAUACUGCUGUGAAAUGUCUAAACUUCUUCGGAAAAUUGGCAGGAAAACAGUUCUCAUCAAUUUGGAUCCAGCCAAUGACUGUAUUUCUUAUGAUCCUGAUAUAGAUAUUAGAAAUCUAAUUGUUCUUGAAGAUGUCAUGGAUCAGUAUGAUCUAGGCCCGAAUGGUGCUCUUGUCUAUUGCAUGGAAUAUCUAGAGAAAAAUAUUGAUUGGUUACUGGAUCAAAUAAAAGGAGAAAAUUCUAUUAAUUUUAUUUUUGAUCUACCUGGUCAAGUGGAGCUCUACAGUCAUCACGAUUCUCUUAGUAACAUAUUUUCUAAAUUAGCCAAUGAUCAUCAACUACAGCUAUGUGUUGUGCAUUUAAUUGAUUCUCAUCACUGUUCCGAUGCUGGAAAGUUCAUUGCAGCCUUAAUAUUGUCUCUGAAUGCCAUGCUGAAAAUUGGUCUACCGCAUGUCAACUUGCUCACAAAAAUGGAUUUAUUAAAGAAACAUGAUAAUAAAUUACAAUUUGGUAUAGAUUAUUAUACAGAGGUAUUAGAUUUAAACUAUUUACUUGAAAAUUUAGACACUGACAAGUUCACAAGUAAAUAUACAAAACUGAAUAAGGCUUUGAUAUCAAUAAUUGAAGAUUACAGUUUAGUUACGUUUCAGCUUAUGUCAAGCAAUAAUAGCAAGCAAUCGUUAUAUGCAAAACUUUUAGAAGCUGAGAACAGACUAGACCAAUUGCUGCGUAACGAUAGUGUUAAACCAGUUAAAGUUCAACUUUUGCAUCAGUACAAUGAUAUCAAAGAUGCAACACAAGUAGUCAUAGGGCAUAUAGCAAACAUUGAAGGCACUUCCAUCUCAGAAAUACACAAGCGGAUGAACUUACAAGACUGAAAUAAAACAAAAAUUAAUAAUGGAACGUUUUAUUUGAAGACAAAUACAACUCUUUACAAUUUAAAUUCAUCCAAUAUUUUUUUGUGUUCAUCAACUUAAAUAGUAAAAUGAACAUUUUUUAAACUUUAAUAAUACAUUUAGCAGGUUAUGUAGUUAAGUUAUAAGUGUUUUCAAAAAAGCCACAGUUCCAUGUUGCUACUUCGAUAAUUAUUACGAAAAAAGUGUUAUGUAUUUAUUACAUGACAAAUACUUCCUAGUACAUUUAUUAUAUGUUGACAAUAUUUAAAAGACUAUUGUCAGCAAACAAGUUUUAAAUGGAGUAAAAGGUAUUACACUGUUGAAUAUUCUAAAACUAUAGUGAAUAAUGUUUUAAGAGAAAAAUAAUAAAAUCUACUUCCUUCUCGGAAACACAGCUAAGAUUAUUACAUUUUAAAAUAUGUGACAAAAGUACACAUUAUAUUUACGCCGAAUCGGCGGCAUAUGAACUAAAAGGCAUUUUAAAUCAUUUAUUUUACUUAUAAACAGUAAACAUUGAUAGUGCCUUUCAGUUCGAAAUCGACUAAUAUAAAAUGCCGACCUUCCCCUUGAAAUAUAACCAAACCUCUAACAUGCUUUUAAUGUUACAUAAUUCUUAAACAAAUCAAAAAAUAUGUUGAAGUUAAAAUUCUAAAUGCUAAACAUCGUGUUUAUUAUAAGCAUAUAAGCAGUAUAAGUUUAUAUAGUGUCUGCCGCAUCAGGCGGCAGUUUGCUUGCAGCACUGAGCCCAGGCGGCGCCGGGCUCCGGCCAGCCCGUGGCCGUCAUACAAAAUAGUCAUAUGCAAUACAUUAUACUUUGUUUGGCAAUCACUGGGACACGACUCGUGCCCACUGUGAGCUGUGCUCACUCUGUUCAUAUCUUCGUUAAAAUCAAUUAAUGUUAUUGUGGCAACAUUGUUGUCCUAUGUUUCAGCCAGGGUUUAAGCAAAUUGUAAAGUCUUCAUUUAGUUCCAUUCUACUGGUGUCGACGGUUCGUACGUUGACGAACGAUUCUGUUAUUGAAAUGGAAUGUAACAUUACGUCCUAUGUGCGAGAUUUGCUACAAUGCGAUGCGUGCCUUUCAAUCACUUGGUGGACGCGAAUAUAGUUGGUGUUAUAACAUAUCUGCUCUCUAGCAAUGAACAUUCACAACAAAUGGCGCCGCUUUGCGUUGAUUCUUGAUUUGCACCACAUCAAGGCAAAUAGUUCACGUAGGUCGAAGUACCAUGAUACAAUUCGACAGUUUAGCACUGAUCGAGUAUAUCAAGACUUUGUCUUCAUAAAAUUGUUGUUAGUCAUUCCAGCUUAAUUUAAGUGUAACAAUAUAACAAAUUUACAAAAAUACAUAUAAAGUGAAGAACAUUCGAAGUUUUGAUAUUCCUAAAAUGCAUAUAAAUAUAUCACUAAUAAAUCUACGAUAUUCUAUCGAAAUAAUACCCUAUAGGAUGUGGAAAGCUCAAUACCCGAAUGUUCGUUCAGUUUUAUUAAACGUCUAUCGUUAGACUUAAAUCUAUGAGUUUCAGACUCGUUUCAGGCAGUCCCAGACUAAUUUUCAAAGCACCACCGUCAUUCAAUAAAUGCAAUUUCUAUUCUAAUCUUAUAAUCCUUCCUACCACUAUGGUAUAAAACAUCCGACUUCAACACAUGCUUAACAAACUUCAAUGAUACAAACAUUUCAAGGAUCUCUGACACAUCAACAAUUGGCCUCAAGCACAGCACUGUGAUUACACUGCUAUUGCAGAAAUGUUGAGAUUAUUCUUCGGAUUGAAGAUCUAAAUAGUUGGCAUCGCGGAUAUUUUUAUGGGUCUUCCACGAUAGCAGUGUAUGCGAAUGUCGGAUCGUUCAGAAUACUCACUCAUUCAAUAAAGCCUAAAUAUACAACAAUGAAUCCUAAAAACAAGUCUGAACACGAUUGGUUUAGCCUACUAAAUCUGGUCUGCCAUAAAUUAGAGCUUCAUGGCAGAUAGUAGAAACUUGAGAACUCAAAUCGUCUUUCGUCCAAAUAUAUUUAUCAGGGAUUUCAUAGGCCAAACCAAAGUAAGAAAUAAAAAUUAUAAUUUGGUAAAUUGUAAAUAUACUAUGUGUAAAUAAAUAAUGCUGACUCAGUACUUUAUAUGCUAAACUAAACAUAUUUUUUACUAAGUCAUCUCAAAUUUUAAUACAACAUGACUUAACAAUCAACAUGUUAAUUUUAAUAUAUAUUUUCUAAUUUAUCACUCGUCAGAUAACUGUUGUUCAAUGUUAUCUUUCCAAUAGAUAUUAGAUAUACUGUACUACUUAAAGUAGCUAUUGAAUCAACUCCGGCUGUUUUGUUAUUUGUUCUAUGAUAUGGAACUUAGUUUUUAAUAAAUAUUAUUAUGCUCAUAGUUACAUAUCACAAAAUAUCCAGAGAGACCAUAUUGUGUCGUCUCAAUUAGGGAUUAGAAGCGGAAACCGCCGCUUCAAAUAAGGUCUGUCAUUUUGUCUUGCAUAUUACAAUUAAUUGAGCACUCCAGUGUGCCAAUUCAAUUAAUACAAAAUCAGUCUCACGAUUGGGAAGUCUCUUAGAUGUUGAGGCACGUAUACAUUGCUACCGAGACAUCUACUGACAACCACCAAAAUUUCAUCAUAUAUUUUUAAUUUGUUUCUAAAUUGUAUUAAUAUUUAUGCAUGAAACCUCAGAAAACACGUGCAAAAAUUAUUUUAUCAAUUUAUCUCAAUGUUGUUUAUCUCGAAAUUAUGUUUAAAAUGUGUCACAGGCCACAGCUAGUGAAUACAGAAAAAAUAUUGUUUACUAAACAAAAGUGGCAAUUCAAGUUCUUGAAUUUAAACAUUACAGUAGUAUGUAUUCAUUAGCAACUACCAAAUUUUACUAUAAGUAUAGUGCAUAAUUGAGUAGGCUCCUGCGGCAGUGGGCUACAGUACACUCCAAUACCGCAGGAACCUAAUCAGUUAUGCACUAUGCCUGCAGUUCUUUUUAUUAGUAUAUCGAUUUGAUGCAGCACUUGUAUGCAUUAGUAGUUGCCACUUGCCAAUGAAUACAUACUAACGUAACGUUACGCACGAUAUUCACUAGCAAAAUAAGAAGUCAUUUCUAGAUUUUUAUACAAGCUUUCCU